CUGGCUCCUCCCUAAGUUUUGUCACCCCAACCCCAACCACAGGACUUGUUAUAUAAGGAUGGGGUCCCCCUCAGUCACUACAUCAGUCUCCCCUCUCCUCCCUCUUCUUCUGACAUCCGGUCACCACAUCUCAACAACUGGCGUUAAUCUGCACUGUAGACGUCAGGUCAAUAAGUUUGAACGUCACACUCUCUGUAUAUUAGGAUUCAGCACUUGUUCUAUUCCAAUCUCCAGAUCUACUACUCAACUACCCCCUUCAUCAGUUGCGUAUCUUCACCACACCCGUGCAAGUGCUUCCCAUUCCUUCCAUUCGACUUCAACCUCAUCAGUAGCCUGUCAUUGCUCGUCUCACCGUCUCACGCAAUGGCGGCAUCGGGUAGCGUGUUCUCCGAAACCCUUCAGGAGAUCACCAGGACGAAGCUCGAUGAGCUCUCCAAGCGCCGUCAGAGCUUCGAAGCUGCCAAGGCUGCCGUCCUAUCUUCUGUUCGCGAGGAGGAGGACCCCGUCAAGCGCCUCGAAAAGCUCAGCUCGGGUGUCAAGAAGUGCUUCGCCGUCAACUGGGACCACCGAAAUCCGAAGCACCGCAACCGCGCGGCCUCCAUCCCCCAUGACAGCCGCGGCAAGCAUGUCCCCCUCACGACCGAACUCAAGAACCUCGACCGAUUCCUGGCGCAGGCCCGCCAUGAUCCUUCCGUCUCGGCCAAGAUGCUGAGCCGAUGGGAGAACUCGUUGGUCGGCCAUCUCGACACGCAGUCCCUCAAGUACCAGUAUGCCUCUCUCUACGGCCAGCUCGUGACCGAGUGGCUCUCGGGUGAUCGAAGCGGCAGUGCCCCGGCCAAGAGCAGCGAUGUCGACGUCGAGAUGGGCGAAGACUUUGAGGAUGUCGGCACCGCCGCGAAGCUCGAGGCGAGGAUGCAGUGGGAAAAGAUGGUCUUCGAGCCUGCUAACGUUGACGAGGGCCUCCUGAAGAGCUAUCUGGAACGGCUCUUUGGCUUCCGGGACUCGGACAAGGAAAAAGUCUGGGACGCGCUCAAGUCAAUGAGAACCGAAGUCAGGCUCUUCGAAGCGAGCAUGCUUUACGCCACCCAGUUCACCCAAGGCACCCUUCAGUGGGCGAUUAGCGGACUUUUGGCAUCGGGUCUCCUCUCCGACGAAAAACGUGAAGUCUUGAGGGAUUUCCAAAACAACCCUGUCAUCCUGACCGAGAUUGCCGACGUUCUCAACAUGCGGAUGGCCGCCCUGUCUUCAUGGUCCUGGGGCGACGAGGUGCCCAUCGAGCAACGCCGCCAGAUCUCCGGCAUCUUUAACAUCACCAUGCACGAGGACCUCUUGCAGGCCAUUUUCCUGCAGCACAUCGGCGUCAAGUGGUCCGUGUUUCUCAAGAGAGCCUUCACCGCCUUCCGCGGCGCCGUCGAUGCCUGGAAACCCAUGGGGAAGCCGAUUCCCGGGGCCGUCCGGAGGAGGUUGGGCUACUACUUGGGACCAAUCUCCACGAGCGGCUGUCUCGUGUCGCGUCGCGGCCAGAUUUACCGAGAUCACUACUUCAUGGCCCAGCUUCUGAGCCACGACGCACAGGUGGUCGGGAAUGCCGAAGGCGAGGAGGAGGCCGAGUACGAAAACCGAGCCCACAAGCGUGCGAGGGCUUCGGUUCAGCAGGCUCCUCGCCGGGCGGCGCAGGUGAUGCGAGCAGCGGCGCCAGCACUCCGGAAAGUAGCCGCUCCUGCUCAGCAAGCGAUGAGCUUCUCCAUGAUGCCCUCCCCGGACUCCUCGGGCUCCUCGGAAGCGGAGUCUGAAGAUGAGGGUGACAAUGGGCCCCAAAACCCCAUGCAACGCAAGCAGAGACUUCUUCACCUGCUUUCCACCGACAUUCUUCUCAACACCAACCUCAAUGGGGAAAUCACCGCCUUCCAUUCCGUCUUUGACCAGUGGAACCCUCUUCUGCCUCACGAGACCAUUCUCGGCGUGAUGGAGUUCCUCGGCGUGUCCGAGACGUGGCUCGCCUUCUUCCGCACCUUCCUCACAGCACCACUCAAGUUCACCGACGACGACGCGUCCGUACGCCCGCGUCCUCGUCGUCGAGGGACUCCGGCCGCCCACGUCCUCAGUGACUGUUUUGGGGAGACCGUCUUCUUUUGCCUGGACUUUGCCAUCAACCAGUCCACAUGCGGCCAACCCCUGUGGAGGAUCCACGACGAUAUCUGGUUCUGGUCGCCGGACCAUGACGUCUCGGUCACCGCCUGGAAGACGGUACGCGAGUUCGCAGCCGCCACCGGCACGUCCAUCAACGAGAAGAAAACGGGCUCGGUGCGCAUCGCCCACGACCCCAACGUAUCCCUGCCGUUGGAUGCUUCUCUCCCGCAGGGCGAAAUCCGCUGGGGGUUCCUGCAGCUGUCGCCUUUGACCGGACGGUUCGAGAUCGACCAGACCAUGGUCGACAAACACAUCAAGGAACUCCAGACGCAGCUGCGUGAUAAGAACAAGAGCAUCUUCGGGUACAUCCAGGCGUGGAACACGUAUGCCGCGACAUUUUUCUCGUCCAACUUUGGCAAGCCGGCCAACUGUUAUGGCGUCGAGCACGUCGAUCAGAUGCUCGCUACCCAUGAGCGGAUCCAGAAGGGCGUGUUCGCCACCCCGGCCGACUCCGCUACCGGACGCCCCUCCGACGAUGCACCCGUUGCUUCCAGCGUCGUGGACUAUCUCAAGAAGACGCUCGAACGGCGGUUCCAGACCACGGACGUGCCCGACGGCUACUUCUUCUUCCCGGUGGAGAUGGGAGGCCUGGACCUCAAGUCGCCCUUCAUCACCCUCCUGCAGAUCCGCGACUCGGUGCUCGCUUCGCCCCACCAGCUUCUGGAGGACCUCGCCAAGUCGGAACGGCGCGGCUACGAGGAGGCCCUGCAGCGGUUCCAGAACGGCGACACCAAGAGGGAGCGGUACGCCCUCGACGAGCCCAACUGGCAACCCGAGACCCGGCAGGAGCGGGACACCUUCAUCGCCUUUGAGGAAUACGUCCGCUACCGGGAGGAGGUGGACCUGAAAAUGCCCCUGCAGGCGCACCACGUCUUCGGGAAGCUCAUGCAGGAGCCGAAGCAGCAGAGCGUCGAACUGGACGAGGCCAGGAUCCGGGCUGCGCUCCAGCAGCUCGCGGGCCAGGCGAAUCUGCGGGGCAUCACGUCGAGCUGGCCGCAAAUGGAGCCUUACUGGCAGUGGGUGACCAUGAUGUACGGGCCGGAGAUUGUGGAUCGGUUUGGGGGGUUGAAUAUUGUGGAUUCGGGGCUUUUGCCCAUGGGGAUGGUGAGCAUUUUCCGGGAGAAGAGGGUGACGUGGCAGGGGUAAGCGGAUGACUGGAAGUAAAAAAAAAAGGGGGGGGGGG